GCGGCCGGAAGUGUCCGUGUUGCCGUGGCGACGGGGCCCGGCCAUGGCGGUGCCGAGCUGGCUGGAGAGGCUGCGGGCUGCCAGCAAGACAGCGCUGGUGCAGGACGGGAAGCGGAAGAUCCACUACCUGUUCGAGGAUGGGAAGGAGAUGGCGGAAGAGUACGAUAUGAAGACGAGUCAGUUAGUGAGUAGAAAAUGGCGAGAGAAGAACACACUCGGGGGCUCCGGCAAGUGGCAGGUUGAAGUAGGAGAGCCAGCCUCACCGCUCCUGGGAGCACUGGAAUCAGAACUCAUAAAGGAAAGCAGCUCCAAUCCUGUCUUCGUGAGGAAGGAUACCCUGAGCAGCUUCCAGUGGCGGAUCCGUAACCUGCCCUACCCCAAGGAGGUCUACAGCGUCUCCAUGGAGCAGGAACAGCGCUGCUGUGUUGUCCGGACCACCAACAAGAAGUCAGUAAGGACAGCACUGCCAGUGCUGACAGACCCUUGGGGUACUACAAGAAGUUCUCUAUUCCUGACCUGGACCGAUACCAGCUGCCCUUGGAUGCAGCUGCCCUGAGCUUUACCCAUGCCAACAACACCCUGAUCAUCACGUACCAGAAACCAAAGGAGAUCCUGGCUGCAGAAGAGCAGCUGCAGAAGGAGCUGAAGAAGAUAAAGGCAGCUAACAAUGGGGAUGGUGACUGCAAGACCCAGUAGGCAGUGGCUGCUAAGAGGCAGAGGUGGUGGGGCAGCGCUCUGGUACAGUUCAUGGUAUUUAUUUUGCCUUUUCUAAUAAAAGUUAGUCAUGUUGUUAA